UGUUCUCAAUCAAUCCUUUCUUCCCCAGAAUGCUGUACACAUCCAUCCCUGUCUACUUCCUGCUGCUGGGCGCGGCGCUGUGCGCGCCGGAGCGCGUGCAAGUGGACGACGUGCGCGAGCACGACGCGCCCGACGCGCCCGCGCACGACUUGACGCACGUCGCGCCGCUCGAGAAACGGUCCCCGCACUACGACUUCGGUUUGGGGAAGAGGGCGUAUAGCUAUGUGUCGGAGUAUAAGAGGCUGCCGGUCUACAACUUUGGAUUAGGGAAAAGAUCUCGUCUGUACUCGUUCGGGCUCGGCAAGCGGUCGGUGGAGGACCAGCCGGCUGAGGACUUUGGCUCCGAAGACCAGCUCGCCGAGUUGUUCGACCAGUAUGAGGACUCACCAGUAUACGAAGAGAAGCGCGCCCGGCCCUACAGUUUCGGCCUCGGCAAGCGAUUCGUGGACGACGACACAGAAGAGAAACGCGCGCGAAUGUACGAUUUUGGACUCGGAAAACGGCUGCCGCUCUACAAUUUCGGCCUUGGCAAGCGAGCGAGGAGCUACAACUUCGGCCUUGGCAAGCGACUAAGCAGCAAGUUCAAUUUCGGCCUUGGCAAGCGACAGAGAGACAUGCACCGCUUCAACUUUGGCCUUGGCAAAAGAUCGGCCGAAGACGCUUCUCUCGACGACAGUGAUAAUUAUUAUGAGGUUUAAAUUAUUUAAUUUAAGUUUUACGUGUGAAGUCACGUGGGAUAUCUUUUGAUAAGUUCUUUAUCUUUUGUUAUUUCAUCGUUUUUUUUUUCUCUUGAAAUAUUUGAUAAAAAGAUUGUUUUUAUACGUGAAUGGUACAUAAGUUUGUUUUUACAUAUGACUCGAAACUACUUUACAUUUUCUUGUGAAAACUCCAGCCAAUUUUCACAGGUAAAUAGAAAAAAGUUUCAUAACUUCGAUUGGUUUUGCGUCCCACGUGAGUUUUCACAGAGUGAUUUAUUAAUAUAGAUAUUUAUUUAUCUAUAAAAUCUCGGACUGGACUUUAAAUUGUGUUAUUCGAUGUAGAUUCAGAAGUAAUAAUAAAAUUGUAUUAUUGUAAGAUGGUGAGCUAUCAGAGCAAAUAUUUUUAUGGUACGUUUAAUUAUACGCAAUAUUCGUUUAAUUGAAAUCUUAGCCAAUUAAAAACAAUUAAACAUUAUAAUGUAUCGACGGUGUCAAGACGUUGCAUUCAAAUUAAUUUUGUAAAUUAUUGUUAAAUGUUUGUAGUUAUUUAUGUAAAGGUUGGAGAAAUAGCUAGUUAACUUAAAAAUAUGUUACGUGUUACGAUUCCUAACAAAUCGAAAUUAACUUAUUAUUUUUUAUAACUUAACAUGUAAUUUGUAGUGCUCAUGUUGCGACUAAACUUUUAGUACUACUUUUAAAAAGUUGUAUAAGUUUUAAUUUAUUUUUGAAUGGUUAUUUGGGAAGUCUCUUUUAUUAAUUAAAAAACUGGUAGUUGUUUAGUUUUAUUUUAAGUUAUUUAAAGUUUUUUUACUAAAUCUUGUCAUUUUCUAGUCAUUUAGGAAUCGUAACACAAUACUAAUAAGUACAGAUAAGCAAAUUAAAUAAUUAAGUUUCCUUAAGACUUAAAAUGUGUUGUUUUGAAUAUAAC